GCUUGUAUCUACUCUUCUCUUUCACCACCUCAGCAAGUGAAUGACUCCGCUCCAGAGGUGCGUGAUGCAGCCUUUGAAGCUUUAGGGACGGCCAUGAAAGUGGUGGGGGAGAAAGCUGUGAAUCCUUUCCUUUCUGAUUUGGACAAACUCAAACUGGAAAAGAUAAAAGAGUCUGCUGAUAAAGUGGAGCUCGCUGGUAAAAAGGGUGCAGGAGGGGAAAAGAAGCCAGCAGCUAAAGCCCCUCCCCCUGCUGAAGCUCCAACCAAAUAUUCUGCCCCACCUAGAAAGGCCCAAGCUGCGGCCAGCAAGUCAUCAGCAGUUCCAUCUAAGAAAGGCAAACCAGCCUCUACAGCGGGUGGAAAAUCAAAGAAGGCCCCUGAAAGUAAAGAUCUCAUCGAGACGGAAUUCUCUGCUGAAGCGUGUGAGGAGAAGGCAGCCGUUGUACUUCCUGCUUCUUGUAUGCAGCAGCUAGACUCAGCCAACUGGAAGGAGAGACUGGCAUGUAUGGAGGAGUUUCAGCGGGCUGUCGAGACCAUGGAUAAGGCGGAUAUGCCGUGCCAGGCUCUGGUCAGGAUGUUGGCCAAGAAACCAGGUUGGAAGGAGACCAACUUCCAGGUAAGUGUCUCUGCCCGUAACAACGGAGUGUUGGAAUGUAAGAUUUCCUCCAAGCAACGACUUUUGCCUAGGAAGCACAGAGAGACUAGAUAUAAUUUCCUCUCAAGCAACAUCCAGACAGUGCAGCAAUCUGCUGUUAAACAUACUUAAGUGUAUUUUAGGAAU